AUGUCUGUAAAUCUUGACGUGUACGUUCCUCUUGCCGCUGCUCAUUCGGGGCUGGAGCCCAUGCUCAGUUCUAACAUUCAAAAUCUUCACGCGCUUGAGGAGAAUCAGCCCUUGCCGAACCUGCCUCGUCCUUCUUCGGUCUAUUUUCUCAUCCAGGAAUGCACCGGGCUCCCCAAGUCCAAGGACUUUCUCUUGGAUACCUACGUUCGUUUCUCCAGCGGAACCUAUGAGGCGAGAUCUGCUGUGCAAGAACACUCUUCCGCACCGUUCUGGAAUGAAAUAUGCCAACUUAACGUGCCCUGCCUGCCUGCAGAAGUCAAGAUACAGGUUAUCGUGAAGCAGUUGCGACAGGACGUGACCAUGUUAGAGGCAAGUAUUCCCUUGACGCAGGAGCUCGUGAGCUGCUUCAUGGACGAGAAGCUAGAGCUGCAGCUCUCGUCGGCCUUGCCCAACUCCCUCCGCCUCCCCCUCGACGCCGAGCAAGCUCGCUGCAAACUCAGACUAAGCUGGAGCUACGACGUUGAUGAUGUGAACAUCAUCAAGAAGGGGUUGUGGCCCCUCACCUCCGAGAAGAAGUGCUUAUAG